AACAACCAGACCGCUGAUAUGCUAAAACCACCACACAGAAGCAAAAUGGCCGAUAGUAAACUAUCCGAUUAUAUAGCGUCUGACAGUCAUCAAGGGGUUAUGCAUGGUUUGUUUACAGCUUGAGAACUACGGUCGCGCUAAAGAAGGAUAUUCGCGUAUUUUCUUUCUCCCCCUGCGAGUAACAUUUUCGCUUAGUGGUGAUGUCAUUUCUUAUUCAAUUUAGCCUUGAAAGCCUCGAAGAACUAGCUCGCUAGGCUAGCUACCUUGCUAGCCUGCUAGCGGUAGGUCUGCAAGAAUUUUUGCACAGAAGCACUUUAUGUCCUGUGUGAUUCCCGAGACAGGAGAAUCAAGAAGGGGAACAGCAGUUCAUGGAAGACAAGAAAAAGAAGAAAGAAGAGAAAAAGAAAAGGGAAACCUCUCAGAAGGUGCCAGAACAGAAAAUCAAAGUGCCAGAGUCAGCCAAGCCCUCCGGUUCCCAGCCACUCUCCACCCCAGACUUGGUGUCCCCCAGCCCUGGCCCCGUUUCCCCUUCAUCCCCCAGUCCUGGUGCAGCAGGUGGGGGCUCCGCCCAAGUCCUCCCUGGUGGCGGGAACAAUGCGAAGCAGUGGUCUGCUGUGGCCAACGGACAGCCCUCCUCCUCUCCCUCUGGAAGUCAAGCCUCCCAGCAGCAGAGAUACAUGUCGAGAGAAGUCCCGCCGAGGUUCCGCUGCCAGCAGGACCACAAAGUGCUACUGAAGAGGGGCCAGCCGCCGCUGUCCUCCAUGCUGCUGGGUGGAGGGGGAGGGGGGGAUGCCGGAGAAGGCGGUGGCUGGGAUGCUGCCCCAUCCUCACAGGGUGCAGAUGAUCCCAUUACAAACACAGCUGGACAUGCAGAUUCCAACCUGGGCUCAUCCUCCCCGCCGCCCCCCAUCUCAUCCUCGUCAUGUGUCGCUGCUCAGUCGUCUUCUUCUUCUACUUCAACUUAUGCAAAUUCCACAUGGGGGGCGGGCUCGAGCAGCCAGCCCCCUUCUCAGGGCUGCGGAAGGGUGAUUGUGGAGGGGACUGACCUGGAGGACUGGCCUUGCAUCACAGCCGGUUCCAGACAGAGCUCUGACUGUGCUGGAACAGGGAUGCAGCAGCAGGACGGUCCUGGUAACAACAGUAGUGCCUCAUGGGGUGAGGGAAACAUGCAGCAGAGGGGGGGUGCAGCCGGGGGAGGAGGAGGGGACAUGGACAAUCCCUCGCCAACUCAUUCCACUCCUCUCUCCUCCUCUUCCACACUUAAUGAAUGUGCUCAGUCAGGUGGUGGCGUGUGGUCCACCUCGUCCCAAACGGAGGCAACAUUUCACAAUUCCAAAGUCUCCCUUCUUCCUUCUGGGCCUCAGGAGAACCCUGUGGGUGGCAACAGCAAUGUCCCUGGUGCCAAUUUCAACCCUAGCGUUAAUCCGUCUGCGUGGCCCGCCCUGGGACAGAGCGCGACGUCCACUUCAGCGAACGACAGCUUUCCACUCCACUCGUCCAUCACUUCCUCAUUCUCUGCCAGCACCACUCUCAUCGCCACUCAAACACUUUCAUCUGUGAAUCAAACCGGUCCCUACCAGCAGCACACUGACACAACCGUGGGAGCCAAGGACGGAGAGCAGCACUUAGGAAACCCGGGGUUGGAUCAAGUUUCGGGAGGGGGACCGAGAGAAGCGGGACCAAAUCAAAAAGGUGAUGCUGAGAAAAACUGUGGGAUUGUUGGUGAAGAAGAGGGCUCCUCGUCUUCCUCCUCCGCUCCUUCGUCUUCAUGGAGACCCAUGCCUCCAUUGUCCUCUGAACCCAGCGCAGGUGCGGAUGGGUGGGGUGGAGCUAAGAGGCAGGAAGGUGGUGUUUGGGGGUUUGGUGGUCAGGAUGACAAGACGAGGUGGGGCAAGGGAAAUGGUGGGGUGUCAGCCACCGCAGCGGUAUCUCAGGGAGAGUGGGCAGGAAGCAGUUCAGAAGCAGACGGAGGAAGUCAGAGUUUAGCAAUAGGAAGUGGAAGAGGCGUUGAUGGAAGCAGCACCAGUGCAGACGGCGGAGGAGGCAGCUCUCUCGACGACGCUGCCUCGCCACAUUUUGCAACUAAGACAAAAGCUUGGGACAAUCAGAAAGGGAUGGAGAGCAGGGACGGGCCAGUUGGAGGGCAGGGUGGAACAGCUGGAAGUGACGGAGGACCCUCAUCCUCUAGUGGAGGCGGAUCCACAGCUGGAGGUGGGCAAAAGGAGCACUCCUCGUCCACACUCAAUCCUCCCCAACAGUCCUCCAAUGCUGAAGUGGCCUUACUUAGCAUGCUCAGCCGAUCUGACCUGGACCCCAGGGUUCUGUCCAACACCGGCUGGGGGCAGACCCAGAUCAGGCAGAACGUGGCCUGGGACCUGAACACCAAAACAAGAGCAGGAAGCAGAAACUCGUCAUCAGCAACUGUGACCGCUAGCACUAAUCCGAGUUCUCUGUAUCCAUCCGAGGCUGGCUCUGGCUCUCACGAUUCUGGUAGUCACACGGCCGGUAUAAACCUUGAAUCUGCCACGGUCAGAGAUGGUUGGGAUGGAGGUAGCUCACAGCCCACCUGUGGUUCGUUUACGCCGAGUAGCACCGGCAGAAAAGCAGGGCCAUCAGAAGGCGAUGUCCAGGGGAAGACAGCUGGUGGGUGGGGUGAUCUCCCACCUGAAAAGGAUGGCAAAGGGUGGAGGAGUGAAGACCAGCAGUGGGGAGACCGCAGAGGAGGAGGAAAGAACUGGAGGGACUACGAAGAACAAGGUAGUGGGUGGGGAGAUGGUCCAGAGACUAAGGGAGCAGGAGGGUGGAAGGGGUCUUCAGGAGGAGAGACGGGUGGGUGGGGAGGACAGAGUGGAGGUGGAGACCAGUGGGGACAGAGAGACGCUAGUUCUGUUGGAGGCUGGGGAGAUGCAAGAAAUAGAGUCAACUCUGAGGAGGGAUCCUCUUGGGGGACUUUGGAUGAAGGGAGUUCUCAACGAGGAGGAUGGGAAGGAGGAGAUUUGGGCGGAGGCAAGUCCCACCAGGAAUGGGGGGGUGCCAAACCCAACGCAGCAGCAGCAGCACCGAUACCAAACAGCCCAGCGGCACCAAUGAAAGCCCAAAAUCAACAGCAGCAGCAAUCACAAGGCCAGCAUCCGCCGGGAGGACCCACACAAGGAGGGUGGAACAGUCGGCCAAGCGGUGGAGGUCCACUUUCAAAGAAUCAGAACCAAAGCAUGGGCUGGACCUCCGGCCCAAUUCCCCAAAUCUCUGUGGGCGGGAGUGACUCCCUGGAGCCCAGUGGCUGGGAAGAGCCCUCCCCCCAGUCCAUCAGUCGUAAAAUGGAAAUAGAUGACGGCACGACGCUGUGGGGAGACCCGACACGUUACACCAACAAGAACGUGAACUUGUGGGACAAGAACAGCGCCACAGCGAGCCAAAACCACGGUCAGCAGGGCCCGCCGAUGCAGCAGCAACCUCCUCGGAGGCAGCAAGGGAUGCAGCUCAGCACCAACUCAAACCCGGGCAGUGGUGCAGUGGGCAUGUGGGGAGGCGCCCAGUCUGUGGAUAACGGUACUGCUGCCUGGGGGCAGGCGUUGGAUGCAGCAGCAGGUUGGGGGGAACCAGAGGAUCCCAACAAAUCAUCAGGCUGGAGGAACUCUUCUCCAAACCCUGCAAAACCUGGCACUAAAUCAGCUGAAAGCUGGGGCGGGAAGGGGGACAUCCCUAUUGCAGCCUCCAGGCAUUCCAGCUGGGAAGAGGAGGAUGAUGGCGGUGGAGGGGUCUGGAACAGCACAGGCUCCCAGGGAAGUGGCUCGUCCUUUAACUCCGGAGGAUGGGGUCAGACUCACGGAGGAAAAAGAAGCAACAUCAAGAGUGGACCAGGAGACAGCUGGAUGAAUCCAGUGACACGGCAGUUUUCAAACAUGGGGCUCAUGGGAGAUGAGCCAGGUGUUGACAAAAAGAUGGAAGGAGACAAGAGAGGAAUAACCGACUAUAACGGAGAGAUGCGGAGGGGUGGAAGAGGAGGUGGAGGGUACCGCAUGCCAAGCUCCAAAGAUAUGGGCUCUGCUGACAUGGGGAUCUACGGUGAAAAGGUGGGUGGCCAUGGAGCGUUUGGUGCUGGUGGAGGCGGGAUGCCUCCCUCUCGGGGGAUGCACCAGCCUGGCAUGCAUCCGAUGAACCCCUCCCAGGGGCUACGUGCUCAAGUGCCUCAUCAGUUCCUGUCCCCUCAGGUGCCGGGCCCCAUGCUGAAGCAGGUGCCCUCUCCUGGUGGAGGGGUAGGAGGUGUCGGCAGCGUGGGAGGAGUCGGUGGUGUUGGCGGAGGAGUGUUCCCGCCUCAGAUUUCCCCGCAGCAACUUGCAAUGCUCGCCAACAUUAACCCCCACAUGCAGCAGUUCCAUCUGGCUUGUCAGCUCCUGCUGCAGCAGCAGCAGCAACAGCAGCAGCUUCUAGGGAGCUCCCUCCAAAAGAAUGGAGCCAUUACUGAGAAGGCCCGGUAUCCCUUUGAUGUCAGUUUAGAGUGCAGGACUUCCAGCAAUCCCUACCCAGCAGAGCGAAGGGCCCUAGAGGGGACACGCCUGUUGCAGCCAGAUGUGGGGGAGCACUGCCCUGCAGAGCCCUGUGAACUCUGGCCAGGUGCUCGUGUUUACUGUAGAAAAGAGCUGCACAACAUCGAUAAGUAUCUGACAGAAUUCCAGCCUGGUGUUCCCUGGAAAGGAAUACAUAGUGGAGGAGACCCGGAAUCGGACCCCUACAUGACUCCUGGCAGUGUUCUUGGCUCCCCAGGAUCCCCGAACCUCAACGAUCCAGACCACCCGCUACUGCGAGACAAUAUAGGGCCAAACCCCCCCCUCAACACCUCGCUGCCUUCACCUGGUGCCUGGCCCUACAGUGCCUCAGACAGCUCCCUCAGCAAUGCGCACAACACAGGAAAGUACUCCGAGUACAAGCCCAGCUGGCCUCCAGAGCCCAUCGGACAAAACAAGUUAUGGAAGACCAGUCGCAAUAGCUCACAGCUGCCACGCCCACCUCCUGGCCUGACCAAUCAAAAGCAGGCCUUGCCCUCCCCCUGGGGUUCUGGAGGCCCACGGUCGGCCCGGAGCUGGGUGGGAGGUGGGGUGAAUCAAGAGUCGAGAUUUGGGUCAGGCUCAGCUUGGAGCGACGGCGUUUCCUCCAGAGGCAGCUGCUGGUUGCUGCUGAGCAACUUAACCCCCCAGAUUGAUGGCUCCACGCUAAGGACGAUCUGUAUGCAGCACGGCCCCCUGCUGACCUUCCACCUGGGCCUCACCCAGGGCAGCGCGCUGAUUCGUUACAGCAGCCGGCAGGAAGCAGCCAAGGCUCAGAGCGCUCUGCACAUGUGCGUUCUGGGUAACACCACAAUCCUGGCUGAAUUUGUGAGUGAAGAAGAGGUUGCACGCUAUUUUGCACAUUCCCAAUCUGGAGGGUCCGAGGGGGGCAGCUCAGGGGCAGCAGCAGCAGGCAGCGGGGCGCCUAGCUCAUCUGGAGCAGGCACGGCUGUGGGCAGCAGCGACAGGACCUCCCCGGGGAGUGAGCGAGCAGCAGUGGGCGUGUCUUCAGGCGGGAGUGGAAAUGGUAGUGCAGGAGGAGAGAGCGGAGCAGGGGUUCUUGCUGGAGUGAGGUCUUCUGGCUCUGGAUGGCAGAGUCUUGAUGGUACAGGCACCUCUUCAGAGACCUCCUCAGCCCAAGGACCCGGGCUUGCUAUAUUUUCCCAGUGGAGCACCAACGGUGCAGGGGAGGGAGGAGGUGUUGGGGGAGUAGAGUCUGGUAGGCCUGGGCUAUGGGGGGGCAUGAGCGCAGGAUACUCGAGCAGCAGCCUUUGGGGGGCGCCACAAAUGGAGGAAAGACACCAAAUAGACAGCUCAGCUGGGCUGUUGCCCGGCGACCUGCUGGGGGGAGGAGCCGAUUCCAUCUGACGAGCCCUCCGUUUGUACGAGUGGCUUUGGACACACUGAUAUGGCAUACACUGGGAUACAUAUGUACUUACUAUGGCACACAUAUAUACAUUUACAUGGUAUGCAUAUUAAUGUACUGAAAACAUACACGUGCAUACUAGUAUGCAUAUUAUUGUGCACAGACAUAAAGCAGAAAUGUGAGACAUGCUUACACACAUUCUCAUGGCCAGACUUAAGCUAUUAUAAAGAAAAACAAAUGCAGGGACUGUUAGAUGUGUAUUCAGCCUUUUUCCACAGAUGAAGAUUUCAACUGCUUAGACUUGAAACCUGAAAAAGAAUGAUCAGUCAGUAAGUCUCAAAGACUUGACUGGAUUGCAAUGUGCUUAGUAAGUAGGGGACUUUUAUUUUUGAAAAACCGAUUUACAUGAACAUGCACACACCAAAUACAGAGAAGCCUUCAGACAGGUAGGCACCGUCAGCAGCAUUACCUUCCUAACACGAGAAUUUACUGCAGAGGUUAAAAGUGCAGUUUGUGUUUGCAUCCCCUUAAAGACAGAGAUUAAAUCCAGACACAUGCAAACAGCUCUGAUUGACAGCAGAACUGUAUCUUACUGUGUUAAGUUUGUUGUUUGUAUGUAUGGUUUUAAUUUUGAAUGAUUUUUUUUUUUUUUUUUGGAAAAUGUUAAUGAAAUGUCAUGGAUCUGUUUUGAAAAUGCUGACCUCCUACUGUUGUAUCUCACACUCUUUUCUCUGUCGUGGAACAUGUUUGUUACUGUUGCAGUGAUCCAUGUUAAAUUGCUGACAGUUUCAGGCUAUGAUGCAUUUCUCCAUGUGUGUCGAUACUGCGCGCAGUGUCAUGCACACUGAGUAUGAGUGAGACUGAGACCAAGUAAGUGGAUUAUACACCAUCACGUUUGUGUGUGUGUGUGUGUGUGUGUGUGUGUGUGGGUGUGGAAAAUGUUGUGCGCAUGUUAAUGCCUGUCAUAAUGUGGGCAAGGCUGCUUACUAUACAGAAGGUCUAUACAAACAUGUUGAGUGCAUUCGAUUUACUGCUGACUGUGUGUUCAGAAAUAUUGGCACUAAUGCUUUUUUUUCCCUCUAAUUUGAGUUUUUCUUUUUUUAGUAGACUUGUAUUUUAUAUUGUCUGACCUGCAAUAAUAAAAAAGAACAUUUUAAAUGACACAAAGAGCUGAAGGCAUAAGCGUUGAGAAAAUGGACAUGCCAAAUCUUAUCAAACUGUGGAGGGGGAGGGAGGGGUGGGGCGGGUUGUUUACAAUUAGAGUGUUACCGUACGUUUUUAAUGUUUCGUUGUUGUGUAUUUGUUUUAAAUUAAGACAGGCUUUAACACUCCUGUUCAGUGUUUUCGUUUUGAGAUUUUACAAAGGAAAACUUUAUUUAAACAAUGAGAACAAGAUUAAUAAAGAUGAAAGUAUUGGCUUCUA